CUCUGACCGAAUGGCUGAUAGCCGCCUCUGAGCUGCAACAGAUCUUCGCACGCCGGGUGGGGCCGGUGAAAGAGGCAGGCGACCAGUUGCCUUUGCCCUCACAGAAUCCACUGGGGGGCAAGGAGUACAGGGUCGCUGUGACCACAACGUCUGAAGGCGACAGGCACAGCGAUCUUGCCACCUUGGCUCUCGACUUUCUAGGCCUGACUCGUGGUAUUGAAUCAAAGGAUAGAUGCGCCGUCGAAGCAUGUCGUGCACCAUCAUCGAUCCAGACGCUGCCUCAACCAGCGAGACCGAUUCGAGCGCUAAGCUUCGUCGGAUCUCGCGGAGUCACCGGGGAAGUUGUGUCCUCUUUGCUCACUUCUCCGCUUCUGUCAUGCGUAAGGACUGUCCUCAAGACAGACCAUCACGAUGUUGACCGCUUAUCAUGUAAGUGUGAGCCACAGUCCGUCUGCUACUUCGCGUGUUGUUGCUGACGCGGUGCAAUGUUCGAGCCAUCAUCAAGUCCUACACGCAACGAGUCCGUGGUGUCCACGUCGUGUGCCUACUGCUCUGUUGGCAAGCACGAUAUCAGAUGACGAAUUCCACUUUGCAUUUGGCGCGCCGAUGGCGGAUGCGUCUCGAGUCGUCGGGUUAUCGUCAAAGGCGAGGUGGAUCUUUGGCAAGCUUCGGCAAAACACACGCCCUGCGGACCGUCUUGAGCGGCUGUCUCGUACUCGCUCUACGCGAGAUAGUUGCGACGCUCUUCUGUUUGACGGCGUAGAUCAAUUCCAACAAAGCCGAGCUCGCUUGUCGUUCGCGAUUCGUGAUCGCGCGCCGCAAGCAUACGCGGUCAAGACUCAGGCCGUGGUGGAGAUGGGAAGCGAGGCACCCAGCUGGAUGCACAUUAAGGGCCGUGGCUUGCAAGCAGGAUACUUUGCCCUUUGUUUUGCGGCAGAACACGUCUACUGGGCUGCUUUAAGACGCUGCGAGUCGGACGAGCGCCCCGAAGCAUGGAAAUCUUUCGAGCUUACGGAGGAGAUCGAACAGGAGCUUUUGCAGGAGCUCGACGGACCGCUUCACGUCAUUCUACACGGAUCUGAGGAUGAACAAGGGGCGCUGGACUUGGAAAAGGCCCUACUGUACAGCAAGAUUCGUUGCGUCCACUGCCAUCGACCCAUCAUCUGGGAAUGAGCAUCCCUGCUCAGUGCAGAUCACUACGCAAUGCCUUUGAGCCCACAUCCACUGAACACAAUUGUGUGAUAUUCGCAUCCCCGAGCCACACGGUCCUCUAUAUCAAAUCAAGACGUCACGCCUUCCAAUCGCUGCUCUCCUCGAGCGACAAAAGACUAGUGAGCGUCUCCUUGAGUGUGGUGGACCAGUUCUUGAAUUCGAUGCCGAGCUCCUUUUGCGCGAGCGAGGUGUCCAGCGUUGCAUAUUUGCCCUCCAGCUGAGAUGGGUCCGUGAUUGCCACCGAUUCCCAGCCUUUGGGCAACCUCGACUUGAGUUC